CCCCAUUGACAAUCUUGACAAAUAAAUCAUUUGUUUCACGUUGCUUAGCUACUAAAAUAAAUAAUCUUUCAAAAGUCAUGUCAAAAUUUUAAAAAUGGUCUAAUUUUCGAAAUAUUUACUAAAUUCGCAAUGGAAAAUAUCACCGAUUUCGAUUUCUAUUUGAAAUUCACCAAGCCGCUUGUCUUGAACUUGCCCAAGAUCGACGAUCGGGUUUUGGCCGCGGCUUGGGUCAAAAAGCUGACGGGGGACUCGGGCAGCGAUGAAAAAAUUAAAUUGGAUUAUUUGAAAUUGCUUCUGUUUGUUUUACAAAGGAAAAGGCUUGCGCCCCCUUUCACGCAGCACCCGAAUUCGGUGCAAACACUCGAGAAGUUUCCACAAAACCAAACCUUGGUAGACGUGGCGAAGAAAAUUAUCGAAGGGGAACAAGAUGAAAAUCGGGAAAAGUACCGGAAACGGCGUCUGGGCCAAUCCGGGGAUUACCCCCCCUACAUUUCCGAUUUUUCCGCCGAUUUACUCGAAUAUGUGGCGGUACAAAAAAUCGAAAAUUUUGGUACUCACGCCUACUAUGCCAUUUCCAAACUCCCCCUACAAACAUGGUACCGAGUCGAUAAACAACUCCUCCCGAAAGCUGCUAAAAGCAUGCUAGAAGUGAGCACUCCGCCCCCCACUCUCGCAGCUGCCCAAUCAACGCCCGACUUGUUCGAAAAACCGCCCGAAGAACCUCCCACCACAUCCACAGAACCACCCUCCGAACCUGAACCUCCAAAAGAAGAACCUCCCAAAAAGAAAAAAGACACGAAAAGAUCGUCAUUGGGUGCCACGCCUCCCUCCCGCCCCAUUGGUAAACUAUCCCCGCCUCCUGAAGACCGCGCACCGCCCAGUUGGGGUUCCAAUCUCCUCGAAGCCAAAUUCCUUGAAGGGGAGGUGGAGGAAACAGCUCCGCCUACUGAGGAAAGUUUCCGCCCACCAGCCUCCUCGACAAUGGCUUCCGUCGAAACAAUCUACAAGAAAAAGCCCGCGAAAAAACCCUUUCCCAAAGCACGGCCCACACGAGCGUCACUAUUGGCGCAAAAGAAGAAACAGGCGGAGCCUCCACCCCCACCUCCGAAGAAAAAAAAGAGCAAAUCAAAAAUCGGAAAACCGAAAAUUGUCGUACCGGAAGUGAUCGAAGAGGAGGAGCCUCCUCCGAAAGCUACUAAAGCGAUCAAGGGGAAGAAAAAAGCAGCCCAAGAAGAGGAUGAUGCGUUUUUGGACGAGUACGAUGCAAUGCUCAAACAGAUGGAAGCCGAAGCCAUGGCGGACUUACAGGAGUUUUAUGACCAAAAUCCCGACGUGGAACCAAUCCCAGAUGAUCAAAUUCCUUCAUUUGAAGAGGAUACCAUGGCCGCCCAUUUUGCAGCCCUAGAACACGAAGCCAUGGACGAUUUGAAACAAUUUGAAGAAGAACACGAUUUGGCUCCUAUUGAAUUAUCUCCACAACGAGUUGCCUCACCUCAAGCCCCGCCUCUUGCAAAGAAAGUGCGAAAAAUUCCAACACCAAAAGGCGUGGGAAGACCGCCUGCAGCUCCUCCCAGAACACCAACCCCUCCUCGUCGAUCUCCCACACCAUCGCCCCCUCCUCGUCGCACUCCAUCUCCCUCUCCCCCUCGUCGAUCUCCAUCACCGUCUCCUUUUAGUCGCUCCCCCUCACCCUCACUCUCACUUUCACCCCAACUUUCAGAACCUUCAAUUGAGGAGGAACCAGAAGAUGUUGUUGACCCGUUUAUGGACGAAUAUGACGCAAUGCUCGACCAAUGGCAAGCCGAGGCAGAAAAAGACUUACAAGAUUUCAUGGAGGAAAACCCAGAAUUGGAAUUACUUCCUGAUGAUCAAGUUCCAUCACUUGAUGUUACUAUGGACGAUUUUCAAGAAUCAAUGUCUGAAAUUGCGAAAAGUUCACAAUCACCGUUACCAAAAUCCCACGAUGUGGCUGUCGACCAUGACGUUUCGAUUCAUCUCUCGCCUGAAGCUCGUGAAAUUUAUGAAAAUUUGAUGCAAAGUGCUGGAAUGGAAGAUGUGGGGUCGCCUAUCAGACAUCCAACACCGCGUUUGACCCACCAUGAAGUCCAAAUUGAGGAAGAAGAAGAAGAAGAAAAAGAAAGAGGAAGUCCAAAAACACCAUUGCCUGAACCAGCAUCAACUAAAUCUUCACCAGGUCACAAGGGUAAAGACCCACGAGUCGUGGAUGCCUUCAAUGAGAUGUUGAACAAGACACGUCAAUUGAGUCCAACUGUUGAAGACGAUUACUACGAAUUAAUGGAACGAAUGAUUGAGGAGGAUAUGAGAAGAACAGGAGUUGAUCCUUCGGCGAGAGAAAAACCGAUACCAUUCCCAUCCAAGCGACGCAAAACGCAAAGAAAGGCCUUUUUGGACUUCCAUCACAAAGCCGAUGCACAAUUGGAGUCUUUAGCUGAGGAAGAAACAGCUGAAUUCUACCAAACAGCACCCGAAGAUGAUGAUUUUGAAGCAAUGGAAAGAUUAAUUGAAACACAAAUGACACGUGAAGGUUUUGAUCCACAUUCAAGACCACCUGAUCGUCGUCUCACUCAACGUGAGUUUAUCAAAGAGAAGGAAAAACAAUUGGCGUUGCAAGAGAAAAUCGAUCAACAAAUGGACGAACUUGGAGAAACAGCACCGAUGAGUCCUUAUGAAGAUUUACAAGAUUUGGGAUUGCUUGAGGAGGAGGAGUUGGAGGCGUUUAGUCCAACUCAACGCCGAUUGGAGGAUAUGAAACACAUUUAUCAUGAUUGGUUAACAUCAGCACCGGCAUUAGAGGGCGUUCCAGUCGUAGUGCCUCAUCAUACAAUUGACCCACGAAGACGACGUUUUGACCCCAAGGAUUUUCCCGGAUUGGAGGAAAAACCCGAUUUUAAUGAGUAUGAAUACGAUAUUGAUUGGUCAACGUGGUACCCCUCACCGGAACCCCAAAAACGCCCCCCAACUGAUCCACGUUCAGCAAUCCCACCAUCACCCCCACAUUUUGAAGAAGAAUUCACUGAAAUACCACAAACACCAAGUCAAGUUUGGGCCAAGUACCCCCCCGAGUACUUUCAAGACAAGUAUGAAGAACCCGAGAUUAAAUACGAAGAAUUGAGACCAGUUGCAACAGUUGAGGGGGAGGUGUCCCCAAAACGCCCCCAAGAACACUACAAGAAGCUUCAACCUCCUUCAUACUACGAUGAGUUGUUCAAAACAAUUGUUCCAGAUGAAAUGGGAGAAGAGACACCUCCUGGUUAUUUAGCCUCACCGGUGUCACCCCCUGACAGCCCCCCAAUUGAUUUAAUGGGGCUUAAAAGAAAAAUUGCUCUUGCAACGAAAGAAGCAAGAACACCAACUGAAACCAGGAGAGUAGCAAUGAGGCGGGAACGGUUGGGUGAUAAGGGGGCUCCGGGUCGUUUAUCAACCAUCUAUCCUGGUGGUCCCCAACCCCGGACUUAUUCACGCGCUCCGGACACUAAACGCAUCCCACAAAUACCGGAAAGAGCCGAACCACCGGAAGAAAAACGUGAAGCACCAUAUUUUCACAUUACACCGGAAAAAACCAUCCCGGAUGUGUUUGAUCUUCCGGAUACGUAUAAUAUUGAAGCGAUGGAAACACCCCCACCAUCAAUUUUUGGCCAACCGGAUUUAUCAUCACCGGAAGUUGUCACACCGGAAAUGUUUCAAUUACGUGUCGAUUUACUUGGUGAAAAACCACAACCGCAUCGAACUUUCACCGUGACGGCUGAUCCGGAAGUGAUGAAACUCCGUGGGAGGAAACCGGGGAGUGACAUGGCGCCGAUUAUGGGGCGUAAACAUGAGCCACGAUUGGCUACGAUUAGUAACGUGAUUGAGGAGCAAGGCGGAGCUGAGGAGUGGGAGCAAUACGGGGAUAUACUAGGAAAGGGGAGGGGUUUUGAUUUUGUGACUGGUGAACAGUUCAAGCAGCGGAGACAGAGGCGUGUCCCGGGGACUCCACCCCCUGAAGAUGCCGGUGAGAUUGAGGCGUGGAAACGUGGAAGGGGGAGACUACCGGCGAUUGGCUCACCUGUUGAUUAUCCCCCGAGUCCGUUAACACGACGUCCAGCACCGGAGUCUCCAGGAAGGGAGGGGCCACGUCGUCGGACGUUGAGGAGGAGAUUAAAGAAACGCAAAUUGGACUUUACCGAGCCUCAAAGUGAUCCAGAUGAGAGUCAUAAGGAAGUGACUGAAGUUACGACUGAAGUUGUUGAUGAUGAGGAACGUGAAUUGUUUAUGGAUAAUGAAGAAGUUGAUGAGCUUCUAGCUGGUGUUGUUUUACCGCGUGAAAUGGAAUUGGAAAUGUGGCAACAGUGGUUUUAUGGUCCGAAAGGACCACCAAAGUCGCCGAAAACACCCGAACGUGAUCUUAUCGAUGUGGUUGAAGCACCUUUUGGUGAUGAAGAACUGCCAGAAUUUUCACCAAUGUCACCAUUAAGACAAUUGGGUGUGAUUGAAGAGACGAUGGCUAAGGCGAAAGCAGCACCAAUUUACGAUGUGAGACGUUACAGAGAUGUUCAUCCGCCACGUGUGAAACCACGCAUUUUACCUCGUCUGGUUGAAGAUGUCGCCGAAGAACAAGCGGCAAUAUUUGAAGGCCGAAUAGAAGAUGAAAUCGAAGCUGAAUUAGAGAAAUAUAAAGAAUUGGAAGAAAAACAAAGAAUAGUAGAAGAAGCCGAAGCUUAUGAUCGAUUAACUUACUUGGACGAACCAGUUCCUGCAAACCUUCCUUCACCAAUGACCCCACCUAUUGUACACCCACAGCGAAGACCUCGAACUCGACGUGAAGCAACACCCGCCCACCAUCUUCCUCGACCAAUCCGCGAUAUUCUCGAAACGGAAGAAAUGCCCGAUCUUGUUUCACCUAAAACACCCGAUUUGUGGGUUCCAGGUGCCACGCCUCCAUCGCCUCCUACCACUCCAUUUUCGCCGAAAAUUACCGAACUUGUUGUCGAUGAAGCCACUGGUGGUUUAGACGAGGAGUUGUUUCCGACUUAUCAGACACCACCACGGACACCUCGAAGUGGUAUCCACUUCCGGAAAUUGACACCGGAACCAAGACGUCAUCCACGUGGCUCACCCGAAGUCGAGGCUUUAUUCCAACUACCAGAGUACCAAAACCAACCGCGAGCAAUUCUACGAAAAUAUGCCGAUUGGCAAGAAUGUGCAAGAACAGCAAGGAGUUUGGAGGAGGUUGAGGCACGGAUGAUGUUCCCCGACGUACGCUAUGAAAGUAUGGUAGAUCCGGUCACAUUGGGACAUUUCGAAGCCAAUGAACGACGAAAAGAAGCCGAAAGGGCACGAGCGGAAGCCGAAGCACGAGCAGAACGUCAACGAAAAGCCGAAGAAGCGGCGGCGAAAGCUAAAACUAAAGCUAAAACAAUCAAGGGUAAAACCUCCAAGACCCAAUUUGAGUACAAACAAACGACUCGAGAGAAGGCGAAAAAAGAGAAAGUUGUAUCAAAAACACCUUCGCGAAGAACAGUCCAGAAGGAGGCUGAACCUCCUCGUCUGAAGCAGGUCGAUCGUGUAACAGCGCGUACCCAAAGGUCACGUCCUUGGGUCGAGGCGAAGAAGGUCAUUUCGAAGGAGUUUGGUGGUGGCCCUUCUCGUGGUUCUCUCCAAGCGCCCUCUACAUCAAGGGCUAAAUCAGCACCGGAAAAGGCGUCGCGACGUCCAUCAUCGACGUCGGUGAAGAAACCAAUCACAAAAGCGCCCCCUGAGCCACGCCCCGAUAGAGCUGCAGCGAGGACGUCUAGAUCACGCCCUUGGGCGGAGCGUCCGAGUCAAACGUCGGUGAGGAGUGCAACAAGUCGUCAAAGUGUUUCAGUGAGGAGCGCCCCAAGUCGUCAAAGUGUCGACCGGUCAGCGGCGAGGGAGAGUCGGGCGCGGCCUUGGGCCGAAGGCCCCAAACGCCCCCCACGCGGGGGGCCCCAGCCCUCCACAUCGACUCAAUCGGUGAAAUCGCGAACGGCCGAAGUUCGAUCAUUGCGUUCGAAAAUGGACCGAGCUAAAGUUAGGUAUAAUCGAAUGCAAAAGGAGGCGGAUAAAUAUGCGACGACGGUGACUACAGUAGCCACGCCCAGGGUUGCAAGGCCACCGCCUGGUCGUGGGACAGCUCGCGCGACGAGAGUUCGACCGUGGACGGAAGCUCCACCCAAAGCUCCGCCCCGUCAAGGACCGAGACCACCGCCUCGUGGGCCGUUCCGAAAACCACCGCCGCCUAUUCAAGGCCCCAAACGUAAGAAAAUCCAAGCUGUGUCGAAGAUUGAUACUGGGCGGAGACGGCCCACGCAAGUGGAGUAUGAUGUUGGGGCGUUACAGGAUUUGGGGUUGACUGUGCGCGAUUUGCAAGAAAUGUAUUUGGAUGAUGAGGGGAUGUUGGGGUAUGAGCCCAGUUUUGAGAUUCGAGGACCGUUUGAUGAAUCGUCGAGGUAUUUGGGCGGGGAUGAAGGCGGGUAUAUGAUUGAGGAUAUGGCGAGUAGAGGAUACGAGGAAGAGUGGGAGGAUAUGGGGGCGGAGUUUGGGUAUGAAAGUGAUGUCUCGCUUCCCGAAUAUCAGACGCAGUUAGAGAUGGAGGAGUACUACGAUGAGGAGCAAGGAGAAGUUACUAAAACUUUGACAAUUGCAAGGAAACCAGUUACGAAUCAGAAUGAUUAUAAUGGACAUGUGACUGUUUUAACUGUUGAAGCAUCGAUGUGAUUGA